CACUCUCUCCCUGAUUACAGCCAAUGAUCAACUAUAACAAACCUUCUUUCCUUUUUCCUGCAAAUAAAAACAGAGCCACAAAUGGGUCCAGGACAAUUCUCCAGGAAGUUAACAUUUCAUCAGGAUUUGUAAAUGGAGUAUUUGAUCAGGCAAACUAACAGGGCGAGAUUUUCAGGACAACAAAGCAUAGCAGGCCCUGGCAGCAGCAGCAGCAGAGAUAGAAGAAUACCUCCCCAGAAAACACCAUCCAUCAAAGAAGACAAAAAGAGACCUCAGAACUGGUUCCGGAGACAAACUGCUUGGCAGAUGAAUCGAGAUUUAGACUUAAAUGAAAUAGAGCGAGCAACUGCAAUAGCAGCUGCUGCAUAUGCUAUUUCAUCAUUGGAAGAAUCCAGCAUUCCAGAGCAGAAAAAGAUCAGCAAGGGCACUGAAACUUCUUUGCCUGGAACUAAAAGCAGAAAAAAAGGUGAAGAUUCAAUGAGAAUUCCAGAAAUCCAGGAUGAAAAAACACCAGCAAAGGUUGUUCGUCCUACUCCAUCAAUGAAAAAGACUCCAACUUUUCCUGAAAAGCCUGCUCUGCCGAUGAAAAAAAUUCCAACUUUUGCUGAAGAACAGUUGAGCAGAACUGAUGAAAUACAGCCUCAAAGCCCAAAGCCAAAACCUGAUAUGCCUGCCAAAAAACCUGAAGCGGCAGUGUCAAAACCUGAUCAGGCUGCCACUACUAAACCUGCAGCUUCCCCGGCGAAAUUCGACAGGCAGACUUCAAUAAGACCUGUAAUCGGAGGAACAAAAGCAGAUACCUGGGAAAGUGCUGAGCUGGCCAAGAUAAAAAAGAAGUACGAGGAAAUGGAAGCCAGAAUACUUUCCUGGGAGAGCAAAAGAAAGGCAAAAUCCAGACGUCGACUGGACAGAACAGAGAGUGAAGUGGAGAAGACGAGGUUAAAAGCCUUGGAAAAAUUUCGCAGUGAGGUAGUUGACAUCAAUGAGAUUGCUGAAGGAGCAAGAUCAAAGGCAAUGGAAAAUAGAAGAAAUGAAGAGUUGAAAGCAAAAGAUAAGGCAAAUAAAAUUAGAGUAACAGGAAAAGUUCCUACUGCAUGUUUCUGCUUCUGAAUCUAACCAUUGUAUAGCUUCUUUAUCUGGCAUGAG